CAACUACUUGUUCAAUCUUACAUGCAUCAAAUAUUUGGAUACAACAACUAGAUACAACAAAAUGAAGAUUUCUAGCAUAGUCAUUUCACUUUUAGUAUUGUUGGCUUUCUUGAUUGCAGGCAAUGUCGAUGCUCAUUCUUGUAGCCCGAGCGGCAAAAUCAGGGGAAAGAAAGCACCAGCUGGGCAAUGCAACCAGGAAAACUACUCUGAUUGCUGUGUUCGAGGGAAGUUGUACCCGACUUACACAUGCUCGCCUCGGGUCACCGGUCAUACAAAAGCAACUUUAACUCUGAAUAGUUUCCAGAAAGGCGGAGAUGGUGGCGGUCCAUCAGAAUGCGAUAACCAUUACCACGAUGAUGACACGCCGGUUGUGGCAUUAUCAACUGGAUGGUAUAACGGAGGGUCACGUUGCCUCAACAAGAUUACUAUAAGGGCUAAUGGUCGAAGCGUGGAGGCUAUGGUUGUAGAUGAGUGCGAUUCAACAAUGGGAUGUGACGAAGAACAUGAUUAUCAGCCUCCAUGUCCUCACAAUAUCGUCGAUGCUUCAAAAGCUGUGUGGAAGGCCUUGGGGGUGCCUGAGAAUGAUUGGGGUGACUUGGACAUUACCUGGUCAGAUGCUUAGACAAGCCUGGCUAGGUUGCAUUUCUUAUUUUUGUCUAUGUUGUGUAGUUUCCAUGUUCAUGUGUAUUCGAAUUACUAAGUUUUUAUCAAUUUCAAGAAAUCAACUUUAAAACUUC